AUGGAUUCAUCGGCUGACGAGCCUGCUUCUUCUGGUAGUGCGUGUAUAAACUUCCUGGACCUUCCCGACUGCAUGAUAGAGCAUGUGCUGGAAUAUUUAACAUACGACGAGAUAGCCAAGAAACGCAUCGUUUGCCGAAAAAUCGAUCGCAUCUGCCAAUCGCUACUUAAUCGAGGUUUCAUCAAGAUGAUCAGAAAGCACAACACGAAUCUGAAAGCGAUCAAAUCCCAGCUGCCACGCCGCGAAUCGGAGCGACGGAACCAUCCCCUUUCAAAGCAUUCUGACAUUCUCACGUGCAUCGAAACACGUAUCUCCAUGCUGUCCAUGACGUACUCGAAGUUUAUCGAGAAGGAGCUGUGCUGCUUCAUACCGGGCAAAGUGAUCGACGAAGUGCUAAACAUUCUCGGUCUAAUCGAGAACACAUCGCGGCCACUCCGUGCGCAUGAAGUGUUGCAGGAGCUACGCGACAUAUCCUCCAUGGCGAUCGAACACUUUGACGAAAACAUUGCGCACCGGUUGAAGAAAAUCAUUGGCGUACAGCAUCAUCCGAAGCUCGGUAGCCACCACAGCUUACCAUUUCCAGCGGCCAGUUUCAUACAGCACGAAGUCAUGUUGCCAUGCGAUGUAAAUGGGGAAAAGUUUAUCAUACCAACACUUACGCCCAUCUCGCAACAAACGGCGAAGGUGAUACCGCCAGCUUCCUCCUCAUCCUCAUCAUCAUCCGCUGUGUCUGGGUCGCUUGGCGGGCUGUACUGCCAAAGCUCGUACAGUGCGAGUUGCGAAAAUAAUGCAUCGAUCGCCAGAAUCAAUCACAAGACGCGCAAAAUGCGGUACGACAUUAAUCGGAUCGAUCAUACGAUCUCUUCGUUUAAGGCCGAAAUGCGCAGCAUGCGCCUUAUGCUGGUACGGUGCGGUGCCGAGAUAAAGGAACUGCGUCGCCGUUUGGAAGAAUCGGAAACGAAAAAUCUUGAACUGCUGGCCAACAUCAAUCAGCUCGGGUUCGGAGCACCUUCGGUCGGGGCGGAACCGUCGGACGCAACGAGUACGGCAACGAUCAAGCAAUGUAGCAUUAAGCCGCGCACGUGCACCAGCAUGCUGAAACGGCUGUACACGGACACAGAAUCUCAAUCAUCCAGUUCGGCUGUUGAGAUCCUUGUGCCAACGGCUUCGGAAAAAGCCGAAGCGGACAAGGAAGAUAGCCAGGAGAAGGACGCGGUGGAAAGUCACUGCACUGCAAAGAGGGUUAAGCUUAGCGACUAA